AUGCCUCUUGGUAUCAUGGUUUCCAUAUGUGCACUCAUGCACUUCCAUUAUCUCAUGCAGUCACCACACAUUGACAAUGACAAUCUUGCCCACAUCUCGGCUGCAUUGGAUGAGUUCCAUGUGAAUAAGCAUGCAAUCAUCACUGCUGGGGUUCACCAGGGAAAAGGCAGUACAGCCAUUGACAACUGGCACAUACCCAAGAUUGAGCUAAUGCAGAGCAUUGUUCCCAGCAUCCAUAGCUCUGGCAUGAUAGGACAGUGGUCCGCUGAUGCCACUGAACAUGCACACAUCAUGGAGGUCAAAGACCCUGCAAGAUCAACCAAUAACAAUAAUUAUGAUCUGCAAAUAUAUGUGACAGAGCUACAGGUCCCAUUACAUAAAAUUCACUAUUGGGAUGACAGACUUCACAGAAAGUUCACCACAACAGGCAAAAAUGACCUAGUUCACCUAUAUGACAAAGAUCAGUGCCAGUGGAACUGGCCACUCCCAAAAUCAUACCAUGAUCAGGUUGAGCAAUGGCUGCUCACUGGUAAUGGGAGUCUUGCCAGUGGAGAUGGGCAGGAGCAGAGUGUCAUGGCAAGUGUGGAGUCUGAAUCUGGAGGUAGAGGUAGCCUGAGUGGUAGCUUGCCCUUGGAGGAAGAACCCACCUCUGGGUCACAGCCAGUGGACAAUGACAACAACACACCAUUGCCACUGUUUGAGGGAGUCUUUGUGAUGUUUUUCAAUGUUAUAUGUUUCACGCUUGCCCAGAAGGUGCCAAAGAUUGUCCAGGAGACCAAUCCAGUGCCAUGCCUGUGGAGUGCAGGAAAUGCUACAUGCCAUGUAAAAGAUGAAGAAGUUGCGUGA